ACUUCCUGUUUCUGUUGCAUUACACACUCUCCGGUCUGUUUUCGCUACAUCGGGAGGGCGCUCGUGAUUGUAAACGAAAGAAACAAUUAAAAAGAAAUAACAAUAACAGCUCUACGUUUUGAUAUACUUCAACAUCCGCCAUGUCGACGCAACCGGCUCACGGCGCGGCUUUCCAGAGUAAGUUAGCCUCCAUCAUGGAGACGCUCGCUCAAGCGGCCGUGUUGGAGAUCGCGCAGCUGUGGGAGGACGCCUUCGCCCUGGUCCACGCCGAGCUCCGCCGUCGGGAGCGGGAGGUGGAAGCUCUGGAGAGAAAACUCCUGGAGAACCAGCGGCGCGAUUGGAGUGUGUCGCCCGCGGCGCUCCGCUCCUCCGGCGGGGAGCAGCAACACGACCAGCCGCCGCUCACCACCGAUGGUUUAGCCACCGACGGUGUCCCAACAUCUGAACAGAGCGCCACAGAGAAGUCUGACUCCUCGGCCAAUCAGAGAGUGGCACCGCCCCUUCAGGACAACAUGAGCGAGCAGACGCUUGACGACGACGACGGAGCCGACAGGGAUUUCCCCGUCAAGCGAGAGGACGAUGAGAACGACGUCAUGAUUGUGGAGCACGUGACGGACGCUGAGGGCACCGUCCCCGGUGACAGGCCUACGGGUCGCGGCUUGGAAGAGGCCGUCGAGGACCAAGAGAGCCGCAUGUGGUCGUCCGUUUCCGUUGGCGACAGCGACACCGCAGAGGAGGCGGACUACUUCCUGACCACCAAUUCCCAGAAUGUGGAUUCGGAGAUUCUGCUCAUCGAGAAUGCUUUGGACAUCCUGGAUACUUCCUCCGACAGGUUGCUCGCGGACGCCAGACACGCCGCAUCCAGUCACUCGAGGGUUCCCGUGACUUUUGGACAAACUCACCGGCCCGGCCAAUCUGACGAGAGGCAGAACUCCUUCCUCUCGGGGAAGUUCAAUCUGGAUAACGGCAUCUUCAUCUUCGACGACCAGAGGUUGGGCAAAAGCGCGGCGGGACGGCGGGUCAAGGAGAAGUGGUUCAUCUGCCCGUUCUGCGGCAAGAGCUUCGACCGCGUCAGCCACCUGGAGAUCCACCAGCGCAUCCACACGGGCGAGAAGCCGUACACGUGCGACAUGUGCGGCAAGUCCUUCUCCCAGAGGAGUAACCUGCGCACGCACCAGCGUACGCACAAGGACGCCUUAGCACCUCAGUGACCCUCCAAGACCAAGGGGAAUGGGAAUUUACAGAAAUACGUGGAUUAUUACAACAAAAUACAUUUUGCCACCGUGCUCCGCCCACACGCAAUGACGAAAACUCAAAUUUAGGAGUCAUCGGUCGAGUAGAAGUUCUUCAAAUUUGGUAACAACUGGACCAACAUUUUUUUUUAGCUAUGAGGCAUCAGUCGGACGACUUUUAUUGUUUGCUUUGACUUGUGAGGAAUGACUUGAGUUCUAAGUAGUGCUGGGCCAUAUCUUCUUGACAUAAUUUUCAAAAUUUGAAAAUUCAGACAAAUUGUUCUGGAGGUGAAUUUCUAUAGGUUGGAAGCUCUGCAAUCAUAGCCAUGAAUGCAGUUUUACUAAUAAUUGGCAUAAUAAUUUCUUCUGGAGUUUCAGUUUUCGGCCUAGGGUUUCUCAUUUUCGUUUUGGUCAAGAAUCUUCAUUUCGGUGCAUCAAUAAUUAUAUUCUGAAAUACCUGCAGGGAAAAGUAAUUUAUUUAUUUGUGAUAUUUAUAAUUGUUAAAUAAACCUGCUUUACAAUGUAAAUCAAUUUGGUCUGGUCCAGUUUUAUACAUUUACAAACUUUAAUACAAUAAAGAGUCAUAUUGAAUAUAGACAUUAGGGGGGGAAAAUUAUAUCAAAUUUAGGCCAUAUUGCCCAGCACUAUUUACGAGUGCGCUUCAGACUCUCCACUGCUCAAGUGAAGUGAAACAAAGUGAAGCAAUUAAAAGGGAGUUUGCAACUUAAAAAAAAAAAAAAAUCACAUUUUGUCAUAUUUGCUAAAACCGUCAUUACUUGACAGUAGUACAUGACAAGUAGCGCUACGCACGAAUCAGUGGUGAUUCGAGUGGGCGUGGAAAUGCGAUCUUCGAAUCGGAAUUUUCAGACUCGAAUCAGAACGAAUCUUAUAAUAUAUUCUGACAAGAGCUGCAAUUGCUGCCACGCCGCAUUUACUUAAAAAAAAAAAAAAAAAAAAAAAAAAAUUUUUAAAUAUGUCGCCAUUUUGACUUACUGCGCAUAGUUUCUGCGCAUGUGCGAAGUUGUAGUUAGUUCUUGCAUUUGGUCAUGGAUCAAGGGACUUCUCCGUUGCCUACGUGUAGUCCGAAAGCUAGUUUAUUCUUAGGCAUGUCGCGUGUCUUGUGACGUAAUACGUACGCGACGGCCAAUAAAGGGUGCAUUCAGAAAUAUAUUGGGACGGCGCUCUGCUACACUUGACCAUUUCUGAAGAGUAGAGUUAGGACGUCAGAUUGAAUUUCCCGACGCACCCAAAAUUUUGGGGUCGGUGAAAACGUGUCAGUGAUGUGAGACUUCUUUGUAGUGUCUGAGACAGAUAAAGGUCACAAACUAUUUGCAUUCCGCAACAACGCAGUGCCUCUUGGGGGACAAGUCUACAAAAUGCUUCAAUACGACAAAUUUAAUCAGGCGCUUGUAUAAGGAACAUGAGGAGGAGCAUAGCGGGUUAAAGCAAACGCAGCGUGGAAAAAGAAAAGCAAACAACGAAACGUACGGUGAAGCAAACAGCACCCGUCCGAAUAGCCACGACAGUGAGAAGAGUUGGCACGCGGAUACUUAAGGAGUUCAUCGUGCUGGCCGACCUUUAAUAUUAUGGAGAACCCCGUAUUCUUCCUCUUGAAUCUGAGUGAUCGGUUUAUUUAAGCUUGCUAACAGGUGAUCAGCACCCAAAAACCUGAUCGUGCAAAGCCUAUCCCCCCAAAAAAAAAAAAAAAAAAAAAAAAAAAAAAAAAACCUGGAAAGUGUCGUCGUUGCAGCGGUGUCCGCUGAGCUCUGCCUAGCAGGCCUGGGCGCGUGCCGCCGGGUGCUGUUUUUAUUCAACUGUUUCUUCUGAAGAGCUGUAAACUGCUUAAGAAGAGGGACGGAGUUCUGUUCCCAAGACUGCGGAGAUACAGCGCAACCGAUCAUGCGUGUGUACAAAGAGAACGCCACAGCUCAGGUUUUUGGAAUGAAACCUGUGCCAAGAAAGACUGCCUGCUGCGGGAGCGGCCGCUCUGCACCAAGGAAAGGAGAAAUAGACAGCACUCACUCGUCCACAACACACGAAAGUACUACCGCGUGUGUGUCUGUGUGUGUUUAUUUCUUUACAUGUGUUGUUUUAUUUAUAUUUUACAGUGCUUUCUUUUUUUCUUUAUUAAAAACGUAACCCCCAAAACAUUUUGUUUUUGGGAGGGGCUGGAACGGA